AUGGUCUCUAUCACCAAUGGUCUACGACUCCAUUUGUCUGUAAUACAUCACGGUACAUUAUCUAAACUCAUUCACCGAUUUCCUCAUCUUAAUUCCAUUGAUCUGAGCAAUUUCGAUGGUGAUCUUGAGCUUAUUCUCUUUACUAUUGCCAAGUAUGUACCCAAUCUAGUACGACUUGACUUGUCUAAACACAGUUUUUUACCCAUAGAGGGGUUGAAGGAAUUGGGGCGUAAAUUAAAUGGUUUGAAAUGCAGAAAUCUCACAUCAAUUAGAGACUCUUGUUUGUAUGUUAUAGCAGAGUCGUUUCAGUUUUUGGAAGAGCUAGACAUUAGGUAUCCAAGAAACCCUAGUUUUCUAAAUCGUCACGAAUUGUUUGUGACUGAUUCUGGGAUUGAGGUUUUAUCUGUUAAUUUGAGUAAGAUUAAUGUUUCUGGGAAUUCAGGGAUUAGUGAUCGGUCUAUGUGUCCAAUAUUCCAAACAUUGGAUGCUUUAAGGACACUUGAAGUUUCUGAACCAUGUAUGGAAGUUUAUUGGAAACUUAAAGUUUCUGACUUCACUAUUUCGGAUGAAUUCCUUUUCUUGGUAGCCAAAACUUCUCUCCCUCUGCAGAGGUUUUCGCUUUGUAGGUGUGGAAAUGUCACAUUAUCCUUGUAUCUCUUUGUUUCUCUAUUGCAUGUAUUGAAUUUGACCAUUUCCACCUUCUUCACGCUUGCAAGAAAUUGUCCUUCAUUAGAAACAGUUAAAUUGGACCAUAUUAUUGGUUGCGAGAUGAUAGAUCUUAAUGAUACUGAUUUGGGGGAGAAAGAUUAUUUUCAUAAUGGUGUGAAGAACACGAGAAUCAAGACUGUUAGUUUGAAAUUUGCAUCACAUAUAGGAAUAGGCGCUGAACUGCCUAAUCUUCGGGCAGCAUUAAGUGAUGAAGGCCUGGCCAUGAUUGGUAGCCGAUGUCCUCCCCUAUUGAAGUUGAACUUGGAAGACUGUAAAGGAGUGACAGCAGAAAAUUGUACAUCAUUGAGAGAGAUAAACUUGAAGAGAUGUCAUCAAGUCUCUGCCUCUUCGUAUAGUGUGCUUUCGUCUUCAUCACUGAAGCCAGUUUUUCCUCCCAGUUGUAAUGAUCUUUAUAACGGCUUGAGGGGAUUUUCCUUGCACAAUUGA